ACCUUUGUAUUUAUUUUGUUGUAUAAAACAAGCACUGGCACGUACGUAUUGCGGAAGUUUUUUAAAUGGAAUAUUCUUGGUAAUAUCCACACAGUCACUGGAAGCAAUGGCUUCAGAUGAUCAAGAGAGUUCGCUCAUACCAUAGUGUGUUCAACUUCAGUUUCACCAUUCACAGAGCGUUCAGCGUUCGCUCACGCUCAACGUCAGAAGAAAGCUUUGUGAAUUGGAUUGAGAGGUCCUUUAAGCACCUUAACGUAGUCGUCGAGUCCCAGUUAAUAGAUAACAUCGACAUGGAUUGGCCAGAAGUACCAGUGGAAAGCGGCUAUCGGGAUAUCAUCAAGCAGAAAAUUGAAAAUCUUUCUAAAAAUUGGAAAGAUUACUUGGAGCGUUGUACAGCAGAAGUAGUAGUACUUUUAAACGAAGGAUUGGAACAAACCUGUAAACUCGCUAAGAAAGAAUCGAGGAAAGCCAGUUUUAAAUGUUUUAAAGAUCCGUUGAGAGAAAUCAACAACGAAUACAUCAAGAAAGUAGGCAUCAUCUGGGAUUUCAUAUCCGCCAAAAUACCUCUUGAAGGUGAAGAAAAUGAGUCAGAAAGAUUGGUUACCGAUAUUAGUGAAGCACCCAAGAUGAAACCUGAAAGCGGAGGACAAUGCAAUUGUGAUCCAAUGGAAUGGAUGGUUUCUUUCUUGGAGUACUUGACAAACGUCUGCGCGACGAAGUCUGUAGUAAACACUUUAUCAUCUUUUCACGACUCCUGGCCGAUUAUCCCUCCAAAUUUGCAAACAGUGAUUGGUCCACUUGCUACGAAUAUAAAAUAUAACUGGAAUUUUAUGCGGAAAAGUUUUCUGAAGGAAGAGGAUUUAUCAUUGGUGAAUUGGAUAGAUAUUCUGCACGAUUCUACAAAGGUUUCUUUCAAAGGUUCCAAGAAAGCUAAGAAAUUCCAAGAACUCCAAGUAUAUAUAUUAAACGAGAAACGAAAAACAUCAGAUCAAGAAUAUUGUAGAAUUGUUAAAGACCAUUAUGUGAAAAACAUUGAAUUCAAAGCAGAGACGAUGGAUAUUGUUGAGAAAUUUCUCCGAUCAGACAUUGAAUGUAAAGACAUAGAACCCCCGGCCUCGAUACAUGAAUGUCAAGAAGAGGACAAAAAGUCCAAACUUCAAUGGUUCAAUGAUAUAAAACGAAGACUUCACGAUUUGGGAAGGAAAGAAACAAAAGAGACGAAAACUUCUAGAAAGCGCAUUCAAGAACUGGAACAAGAUCGCGAGGAGUUACUAAACAGAUUAAGUAAACUUGCUGGUGCAAAGUUGAAAGAUAAUAAUCCGAACAUCACAGAUUUGUCUGACCCAAACAGACCAAUGAAAAUCAUCGAACACUUUAAUGAGAUUUAUGAUAAAGAAUGGACCUCAUCGUUGGAUAUUCUUUGUAAUGAGUGCAAAAUGGAAGAGAAUGACGCUAUUCAAACACUGUUAGAGACAGUCAAAGACUGUUACAACUAUUGUGUCUCCACUGCUGACAAUAACAUUGCUUCGUUUUUGAUGUGCCGAACCUCUGAAAUACAGAAGCUGCAGAACACAUAUUUCAAAAAUGGGGAAAUGCAUCAACUGCAUGAAAUGAGGAAAGCGAUUGCAGAAUAUUCUUCAAAAAGGGUACAAAAGGAUUACUUCAUUGAAAAGAAUUGGCUAGAUAAAGAGGCUGAGGACGGUAGUGAAGGUAGCUGUGAAGAAGAGAAAGGGAAACGCAAAGCAGCAACAUACGGAAAGGUGUAUUAUAAUAAAAGAAAAGACCACCUAACAAACUAUACCUGCAAAUGCCUGGAAAUUUGUUGGUACAUGGCUAUUCAGAGUCCUCCAGUUUAUCUAGAUUUCAGCUACAAGAAAGGAAAUUGCUUUAACAAGUCUGUGCUUAAACAUUACACAAGAGAUGGUAAAAUCAUUGAUUUUCUCGUUUGGCCGGCAACCUAUCUUGAAAAAGGAGGGGCAUUGCUCGGAAAAGGGGUUGCACAGCCUGAGUCAAAAGCAUCAACAUAAGACGCAUGGGAUCAAGAUUUUUCUGCACCAAACUAUACUUAUGAUGACAUAAUCAAAAAUUGAUAAACAAUAUCCUAUCUCUAUGUGGUGCCAGCCUUCACCCAUGUUCAUAAUAAAAGCGGUAUCAAGAAAAGAUUCUAGUAAGAUCAUAUCUGAACACUUGGUAUCAGGGUAAAUGUACAUGUAAAUUGCUAUAUACUUGUUCACUGCAAUUUGAACCGGUGUCAAUGGAAACCCUAAAGUGACUUAAUAUAUAUAGACUCGAUUUGAGCUCGAAGCCCUUUUCAAAAUUUAUAACUCCAUCUUAAUUAUCUAUAAUGGUAAAUAUGGAUGUUUACAGUGUUAUGUCAAAAUGAGAAGUGAAAUAUCGAGUUACAAGCGAAUUACAGAGGUCAGACUUCUUUUUUUUUAUAACAAAGCUCAAGUCCUGUUAAUGUUUACAUAUGUGUUAUAUUAGAUGAUAUCCCGCGCAAGCGCGGGAAUUAACCAUUUAUUCCAACGUGUCGCGGUAUAAAAAAGGUUUGCUAUUGUCAUAUUUUAAACGAACCAAAGUCGUCAUCCAAAGUAUCUGCCCGGUUGAUUACAUGUACCUCGCCGUACUGUUUCGGCCAUGAUGUAAAUUAGUCAACCCGCGUUUUUUUUCUGCACCCCGUUCUCUUAAGUUUUAUCCAAAGCUAAAAUCGCGCUUUCAAGAAACGAAUUGGUUCAUUUUAUUUAUUCAACAUUUGUCAAAUCUCAAUUUCUAUGUAGACCAUUACGUAAUCAUUGACAACAUUAUUUCAUUAUUUCAAAGUAUAUAUUUUGAUGCAAAUUCCUACUGACUUGGAUCCGCCAAAGCGUGUCCACCUUUGCAAUUUGGGGCUGGUUUAUCGUAAAUGAUAGUAGUUUCUAAUUCAUUUUACAAUAAUUACUUAUCAGGUAAAAUUCAAUUUUUACUUACGGAUAUCAACUCAAAUGUGUUGAAAUACUAAAGGUGUAAGCAGUUAUUCUGGCACAGGGAUUUCGUAGUUUAUUGGAAAAAUGUCUGAAUCUUUAAGUAGUUUCAAUCUAAUGUCGCUAUUUGCUGUUGAUGAAAUAGCUUAUGAGCACAUUGAAUCACUUUAUUUUGCUUGCCACAAGUGUCAAAGAAAGUGCCCUUUCUUUCUGUUGUCAUGUUGUAAAUUUUGUAUUUACUGCCACCCGGUAAAUUCAAAAUUUACAGCAUGACAUAAGACUCGAUCGAGUUUUGUUUGCAUAACAACGACUUCUUUCGCUGUAUCUCGCUUGUAACGACUUCUAACAUUCAAAUUUUGAUAAGUCAUUCAAAAUACACAAGUUAAUUUCACAAUAAAUACUUAUCAUGUAAA